AUGGCUGAAGCGGACGUUCAAAACGAGGCCGUGCUGGUGGAGCGUGUUUUUCUUCGCUUUGUGACGGCCGAGAGUGAUGAGCAGUUUGAGUCUGUGCUGUCCAAGUUUCUGCUUCCUGUCCUGGGCAAACUGAGCAGCCCCCAUGAGAGCAUUCGCAAGAAGGUGAUGGAGUUGCUGGUGCACGUGAACAAGCGGCUCAAGUCACGGCCACAGGUGCAGCUGCCCGUGGAGGUCCUGCUCACUCAUUAUGCAGCUUCUGCUGGUGCCAGCCAGCAGUCCUCGUUUUUUGUCAACUUUGCCCUGGUGUACCUGCGCAUGGGCUUUCCCCGUCUGCCCUCAUGCCAGCAGGUGCAGCUGCUGCCCCGGCUCAUGGAGUGCCUCACUCUCAACAGGCAGCACCAAGAGGAGCUGCUGCAGCUGGCCCUGGGUGCCAUCCCGCACGUGGUGUCUGCCCACCGUGCUGCAGGGGGCAAAGGGCCGGCCCUUCCUCCUCCCUCGGGACAGGGUGAGGCCUGGGCCCUGUUGCGUGACCGGCUGCUGGACCUGCUGUUGCUUCCCUAUGGCACCUUGGUGGCUGGAGGGGAGGGUGCGCCCCCCGGGCUCAGUGUGGCUGCCAUCGCUGGCCUGCAGGGGUGCGCCCCUGAAGAGCUGGAGCAGCGCAAGCUGGCUGCUGUGCAGCUGCUGGCCGAGGGGGCACUCUACCCCGAGCACUCCAUCGUCCUCCACCUCCUGGUCGCUGCAGCCGACACACGACACAGUGUUGCUAGUGCAGCUGAACUGAAGAUGAAGACACUGUCAACUGCCAUUGACUGGAACGAUGAAACCUUCAUAAAGGGCCUUUAUAACCUUUACCUUGGAAGCUGUGUUCCAGCUGGCUCGUCAACUGUUAGUCGUGAUCAGAGCCGCACACCAGCCGACACUCGGCUCCGGCUCAAGAUCCUGCCAUGCCUGACCAAGUCGAGCCGAGCGGCAUCUAUGCUGCCCCUUGCACUGGUGGUCGCUUUCGACACACUCAACAGCCCUGGCAAUGCCAAGCUGAAGGGCAUGGCACUGGAAUUCGUCCAAGCUAUGUGCAACAACAACCCUGAAGACAAGCUGAGCAUGGUGGGAGGCCAGCUGAUGGCAACUCUGCUGCAGUUGGCGUUGCCUUCCCAGGAUAUGGAAAUGCGCCUGCGAGUGCUGGCCUGUUCUGCCAUUGGCCACCUGAGCCGCAAGCUGCCCCGCUUGGUGGCCACCAACCUGAGCCUGGUUCAAAUGCUGUUUGAUGGGCUGGCCAAGGAAGAGAGCAGUGAGGGUCGUCUGGCCCUGCAGGAGGCACUGGUGGCAGUGGCCCCAGCGUAUGCUGCCUGGGCCGAUGACGACACGAAGCAGCUGCUACUGGCCCUGGUGUCGACACAUGCGUCCGCUCCGAGCGCCACUUGUCGGCAUGCUGCUCUGCGCUAUGCGGCCACCGUUUAUGCAGCCGACUAUGCGCCUACUCGUUACCUGCUGCUCAUGGCCGCUGGUGACAGCCAAGAGGAGAUACGGCGGGAGGCACUCAAGGCACUCUACCCUGCAGCUGAUGCCAGCAUGCCGUUCCCACCGUUCCCCGACAUGCUGCAGCUGGUCCUAAGCAAGGCAGGUGCCACAUCAUCUGGCCUCCUGCAUGUUUCAAACCUUCCCUGGAGCCAACUGCAGUAUUCUCAGGUGCUGCGAUACCUGCGUCGGUGCCUGCAUGCAAGUGCAGGUGCGACUGAGGCACCUGAUGAGCGGUCACUUCGGGAGCCCACAGGGGCACCCCGUGUCUGCCGCUUCCUGCACUCGCUGGCCGCUCAAGGGGACAAGGGACCGAAGCUGUAUGCACAACUACUGGUGCGAUUCCUGCCUCUGGCUACAGACGAGGGCCCCUUGGCUUCCCUGGUAGAGCUGGUUGCAUCGGCAGCACUGGACCAGUCCUGCAGCCUUCAAGAAGCAGAGACGGGUGUCCUCAAGGGACUGUUGUUGUCCGGAAGGGAAGCAGUGCGUGAGUGUGCUGCUCUACUGGUGGGCCUGCUGAUGGCCUCGCACCCUCCAGACACCUUCCGUGCAGACCUGCAGACACUCUGUGCAGACAUCCGAAGCGAGGGUCCGUUGGAGAUGAGGCAGUCCUUGCUCUUGGUGCUGGCACACACCCUCUGCCACCGCUACCAAGCAGGCCUGGUCCUCGAGGGAGCCACCGAGGCGGUAACUCUGCUGGCCAACACCUUUUUGCAAGCCCAGAGCACAGGCUCUUGGCCACUGCUGCUGCCCUCGUGUGUGGCCCUGGGACAGCUUGGUGCUGCGCUGGCGCUGCCCUUGCCCCCUGGUCAAGUGCAGAGUUGGCCACCAGCAACCCUAGGAGCUCUGGUGCAUGCCCUGACCUCCCUGUUGCACAAUGCCAAGGCACCUGCCAAGUGCCGGGAGGAGGCGGCUCGCACCCUGGGCCUGCUGUGCCUGGGACAGCCAGACUUCCCACACGUGCACCAGGUGCUCACUGGGCUGCUUGAAUGUGGCUUAGUAGAGAGUGCAGAUGUUGAAGUGCAUUUUACUGUGGGGGAGUCCCUGUGCUGCGCUGUGCUGGGGAAGACAUCGCCACUGUGCCGAGACCCAUGGACUACUGAGGAGGGAGACUACAAGCCACCUGUUGGGGCAACAGCCAACCUGUCUGAAAUGGAGUGGCUGAUGUCGCAGCUGCUAGUCACGUACCUGUGCCACCCGCGACCUGGUGCACGCCAGGCAGCGUGCGUGUGGACACUGAGCCUGUUGAAGCGCUGCAGCCAGCUGGGUCCUGUGCUGUCGCAGCUCCAGCACACCCAGGCGGCCCUGCUCAACCUGCUGGCUGACCGCAGUGACCUGACACAAAGCGUGGCCUCCAAGUGCCUGAGCCUUCUGUAUGAGCUGAGUGACCAGCCAAGCCGUGAGCAGCUUGUGGCCCAGCUGCUGGAAACACUUACCUCAGGUCGCAAGUCCACUGUGGCGAUAACUGAGGACACCCGGCUCUUUGACGAAGGCACGCUAGGAAGCGCACCAACAGGGGGCGGCCUGACCACGUACCGAGAGCUGUGCUCCGUGGCAACUGACCUGAACCAGCCAGACCUAAUGUACAAGUUCAUGCACCUGGCCAACCACCACGCUCUGUGGAACUCCAAAAAGGGGGCAGCGUUUGGGUUUGGCAGCAUUGCCGAUAAAGCUGGUGAGCAGCUCAAGGAGCACCUGGGUGCCAUUGUGCCCAAGCUGUAUCGGUACCGGUACGACCCAAACCCAGGUGUGAGGGCCUCGUUUGGCUCCAUCUGGGCCGCCCUUGUCAAGGAACCAAUGCGCACGGUUGACCUGUAUUUCAAGGAAAUCAUGGUGGAUGUGAUGCAGCACCUGACAAGUAAUGAGUGGCGCGUGCGUGAAUCCAGCUGCCUGGCCUUGUCGGAUCUGUUGAGUGGCCGCAACCUGGACGACGUGCUCGACUGUGUGCCGGACCUCUGGGACCACCUGUUUCGUGUGCGGGACGACAUCAAGGAGUCUGUCCGGAAAGCAAGCGAGUCUGCCCUGAGAGCCUUGACUAAGGCCUGUGUUUGGACCUGCGAUGCUCAGGCAAAAGGCCGUGAGCGCGCUCUGGGAGUGAUAAUUCCCAGCGUGGCUGAGGGCCUGUCUAGCAGCGUGGCUGAAGUGCGGCAUACCAGCCUAGACACUCUGGUGCAGCUGAGUCGCAGCGCUGGGCCUGCACUGAGGCCGCACCUGCCACUGCUUUUCUCGGCACUGCUCGAUGCCCUCAGUGACCUCGAGUCCCCCGUGCUGAACCAGCUGAGCGUGCGGGCCGAUGCUGAUGCUCGGGACCGGCUGGAUGCAGCAAGAGUAGCCGCAUCUCGAACAUCGCCCGCCAUGGAAACCAUCAACUACUGUGUGCAGUUUGUGGAUGCUUCGGUGCUACCGGAGCUGGUGCCUCGCCUGGUGGAGCAGAGCAAGUCUGCGGUCGGGUUGGGCACCAAGGCUGGCUGCUGCCACCUGGUCACCAGUCUGGCCCACCAGUGCCCCCUGGAUCUGCAGGUCUUCACCGGGAAGCUGCUGCGGGCCUUUGUGCAUGGCCUGAGUGACCGGAAUGCCACUGUGCGGCGCUGCUGUGCCACAACAGUUGGCCACUUGAGCAAGGUGGCCAAGGAGAGUGAUGUUGAUCGGCUGUUCACCAAACUACAGACGUGGUACAUGGAGGGGGAUGAUGAAGCUGUGCAGUGGGCGUGUGCAUACACAAUGCAGGCCGUGGCACGACAUGCUCCCGAUCGACUCCGAGCACACGCAGCCGGUGCCCUGCCACUUGCCUUUGUCGCCAAGCAUGCUGCACCCUCAGAGGGCAAGACACGUGAUGAGUCUCCGUCUGCAGUAUGGGAAGAGGUCUGGGUCGAGUUCACCACAGGGGACCAGUCUGGGGUACGCCUCUACCUGAAUGAGGUGUUGUCCUUGGUCAACCAGGCGCUGGCCAGUGCUGUGUGGUCAUUGCGACGCCAGGGGGCGGCCGCCUCCUGCUCGGUGGCGCGCACCCUCGGAGCUGCCCUCGAGUGGCGCCUGGCCGAAACCCUGAUUCGAUCGCUGCUGGCUGCGCUGCCUGGACGCACCUGGCACGGCAAGGAGGCCCUCCUGGAAGCCUUGUCCAUUGUCUGCAGCAAUUGCAUUGCGGGACCACAAGUGGAUGGCGGCCGCCCAUCGGCACAGCAGGCCCUGCUCCAUGAGGUAUCGGAGGCCUUCCUGCGAGAAUGUCAACGUGACAACCGUAUGUACCGGGAGCAGGCAGUCUGCUACCUGGCUCAGCUGCUGCAAGCCCAGCAGCUGGAUCAGUUCGGACCCCUGCUGGAUGUUCUCGAGGGACCACUACUCAAGUAUGCAGCUGGCCGAAGUGGUGAUGCUGCUGUGGACAAGGACGACAAGGAGACCUGUGACCUGGAGUUUCAGCUGCAGUUCCAGGAGGUGGCCUUCAACGCCUUGGGUCAGGCUUGGCCACAACAGGCACCCGACACCCAGGAUAAGUACCGUGCCCGGCUGUGUGACCUUCUGCUGAGCAGCUUUUCAGGAGGCACGUGGAGGGUGCAGCUGGCCAUCAUCAAGGCUCUGCACACACUUGUGCUCAGGCUUUCAUGGCCAGCGCAGGCAUCUGAAGAGGUGGUGUCCAUGGCCAACGGUAUUGUGCAAGUGGCCUGCGAGGCGUUGGAAAUGACAAAGUACUCCAGCCUUUGUCUUGAAGCCCUCAAGCUGCUCAAAACCUUUGUGGAGCGCAUACAAGACACUCGGACAUCCUGGAUUGUUGAGCCAUCUUCUAAGAAGCUGCAGCACACAAUAUCCACCGUGGCUACCCGAGACAACAUGGAGCUCAAGAACUUGGCCCAGGAAGUAGCUGACAUCCUAGCUACAUUUACAUGACGUCAUAGGGAUGGCAAUAGGAGACACGUGAAAUAAAUAUUGUGCACCCUACUUUGU